CUCCUGCGAGACAAACCCAACACGCACAUGAUCUCACUCGGUGACCUCGGCGCGUACGGGAGCGCUGGCACGUCGGAGAACUUCGACUUCACCAAGAAGUGGCUGGACAGCUUCAAGGUCGACCUUGACAUCGUGACGGGGAACCAUGACCUGGAGGGUGUGGACGAGUUCUUCUCAGACCGAGAGAACCUGGAGGCCUGGAUGAAGGCGUUCAAGAAGAGGACCCCCCACUUCUGCACUGAGAUCGCGGAGAAAGUCCUCUGCGUCGGACUCUCCACAGUUCGUUUCCGCGACACCGCCUACUCUUCACACGAGGUCUACAUCGACGAGGAGCAGAUCGAGUGGUUCGACAGAGUUCUGGAGCACCACAGCGCCAAGGACGGCUGGAAGGUGCUGGUGUUCACACACGCUCCCAUCAUGGGCAGCGGCCUGCGAACGCUCCAAGGAGUUCACAUCAAGAAUGGCUGCGCCUGGAUCAACCACACAGAGGAGAAGACUCGGCUCAAGUUCUUCGAGCUGUGCAACAAGCAUCCUUGCAUCCGCGCGUGGUUCAGCGGUCACUUCCACCUGUCGCACGACUACGAGGAGAGCAUCACCAUCAACGGUGACCACGACGUCGCCUUCGUGCAAGUCGGGGUGAUCGGAGAGAAGUCGAUGAGGGACGGGAGGAGGCAGACGCGGCUGGUGCGAGGAGACAGCAAGAGCAUCCGGAUCUACACGGUCAACCACCACCAGGGAGGAAGCGAGCGGCUGGACAUGGAGAUGGUCUUCGGCGAAGCCGGCAAGCCCGACAAGAUUCACUUCCCCAAGGAGCACGACGAGUGGAUCGUCCCCAGCUCAGCUGGGUGGUUCAGUGCAAGGACUCCUAGCGCAGAGGACGGCUGCUUCCUCGACAGCUUCCUGUCCGAGAACCCUGACGCUGAUCUCGUCCCUGUGAGCAGCGCGCUGGCGGAGAAGAAGGACGUGGUUUGCUGGUGGCAUAUGGCGGACGGCCGCGUGCUUGGUGUGCACGAUGGGCUCCUGGUGGAGUACGACCCGACGACUCUUGCUCCUCUUGGAGUGGUGGUGGAGGAGAAGGCGAUGGCGGGCAAGGAGCUGAUGAUUGUCGACAACGGCAACGUCGCCAUGCUUGUCUCCGAGGGUCCGGAAGGGGUGAAAACGGAAGUCAUUCACCCCAACGAUGAUGGGAGCUACUGGAGGAAAUUCCAGCGCAACAAGAUGGCGAGGAUCCGACAGAAGCAGAGGGAGGAGCUUGCGAGGAAAGCAGCUGAAAGACUCUUCAUGAACCGAAGUGCUGGAGAGAGGUUGAAACUGUUGCUCAACGACAAGAUCUCUGACGAGAGCUCGAGAGCUGAAGCUCUGAAGCUGCUGGACGAGGUGCUGAAGCAGUCUCAGUCUUCCUUGUCAAAACCCGUGUUGGAGAAUGCCAAGUGAAGAGACCAGUAGAGGCUACAAGGGACCCAGCCAUGUAAGGCUGAUAAUGAAUGAAACAAUAACAACUCC